AUGCCUCUCUCACCGAGGAAACAAAUGCAGUAUUCUUCACGGAGUGCACCAGCAGCCAGGCUCAAGUUUCUGGACAAUACAUGUGACAGUAUGGUGCCGCCAGCGACAUCUGUGAGCACAAGCGAGAAAUAUCUUUCUAGCUACAUGCCGUGCUCGACUGAAAAUCACUGCUGUGCUCUGCUACAUGGGCUGCAGGAGCUGCGCAAGUCCAGGACACUGUGUGACUACACCUUGAUUGCAGAUGGGCAGAGUAUCCCUGUGCACCGUGCAGUAAUGGCAGCAUGCAGCGAUUACUUCAGAGUCAUGUUGACUGGCUUCAUGAGAGAAAGCCGAGAAGAGUUUGUGGAACUGAAGGGGGUAACAGCUGGUGGUUUGACCGUUGUAGUGGACUUUGCUUACACCGGGCGGCUGGAGCUGACCACAGACAAUGUAGAGGAAGUUCUGUCGGCAGCCUCACAUCUUCAGGUGAGUGUCGCUGUAGAACUUUGCAGCAAGUACUUGGAAAUGGCCCUGACAAUCUACAACUGUACAGACAUCCUCAACCUGGCACAGAUGUACUCCCUCAUACCUACCCAGACUAAAGCACUGCAGUACAUGAUGGACAACUUUGAGAUAGUCAGCUCCUCUGAACAGUUCACCAAGCUGACACACACUCAGCUGGCAACCAUGAUCCAGGACAACAGCCUGAGGGUGCCGUCUGAGUAUCGGCUGUUUACAAUAGUCCUGCAGUGGAUAGACCACGACAAGGCUGAGAGAGAGCAGUAUAUUGCAGAGUUGAUAAGGAACAUAAGACUUCCCUUGUUGGCUGGGGAAGAGUUGGUGGAGAAGGUGAGCAAAGUGGAAAUGAUGAGAACCAACCAGGAGUGCAGCGACCUGCUGACAGAGGCCAAAGAUUACCACAUAGUCCGGUCGAACCACCCGAGCAUAAUCAUGUCUCACGCCCAGAACCUGGAAUGCUACACCUUUCACAACAAGCACCAUGGCUUUCUGCGAGAUUCCCUCAUCCCCCUGUUCAACCCCAGUGUGGCGGUGCUGGACAACUUCAUGUAUGCUUGUGGGGGUAAAUACGACAGCACAGAGAACAAUGAGAUUGCAACUGCACGCUGCUUUCGGUUUGAUCCUAGGUUUGAUUCUUGGUAUGAGCUGCCAUCUAUGAAUGAGGCUAGGAAAGAUUUUGUUGUUGUUGCAUAUAAAGGCAAAUUGUACGCAGUCGGAGGACAAGAUGAAAACAUGGUGAUGUGCACUGUUGAGUGUUACUCUGUUGCCACUGAGGAGUGGGACAUUUGUGCAUCAAUAAGUCAUUCUUGCUAUGGUCACACUGGGGCAGUGUGCAAUGAUAAAAUUUACAUCUCCGGGGGUCAGAGGUUUUCAGGCUGUGCCAACAACAUGAGCUGCUACAGCCCAGAGUUGAAUGUCUGGGAGGAGAAGGCUCCCAUGCUCCAAGGGAGAUGUAACCAUGUGAUGAUGGAG